CGACAGCGACACAUAAAAACAUAGCCACUUUCACUGUGCUGUUUGUGUUGAGCUGAGCACUGACGCUCCAUCAAGACAAGCAAGACAAGCAAGAUGCAGCUUGGUGCUGUUGUCGUGGGCGCCAUCCUGAUGGCUGUCUCUGUACAUGCCGACGUCAUGCAAGAGCCAUCAACCACGGCACAUUUGAAUGGCGUUAAAUUUGCCGAGGACGGUGGUGAAAUGAAGCUGCAGCUGAUGACAGACCAGGUGGAUGAUGGUGUCGUGUGCCUGGAUGGAACCGCCGCUGGUUACUACUUUGCACCUGCUGCCAACUCUUCCACAGCCACAAAGUGGCAAAUCUACUUCCAAGGUGGUGGCUGGUGCUACGACGAACAGGAUUGCUGGGGACGUAGCAAAACAGACCUUGGCUCUUCCAAGUCGUGGCCAGCCACAUCCUCCAUUGAUGGCAUCAUGAGCAGCGACUGCAACGUCAACCCCGACUUCUGCAACUGGAACCGCGUUCACAUUGGUUACGGGCGCACGGAAUAUUCUGUUCAUCCCAACCUUAAGCAUAUUAGUACAUAUUCAGGCUGCAAAAAAGCCCCAAGCUACUGUGAUGGCAACUCCUUCAGCGGAAAUCGCGACGAGCCCAUUGUUGUGAAUGGUGACAAGGUUUACUUCCGUGGCCAUCGCAUUGUCGACGCCGUGCUCAAGUCGCUGAUGGCCAAGGGCCUGUCGUCUGCCACCGACGUUCUCCUCACGGGGUGCUCUGCAGGCGGACUCGCAACAUAUCUCCACGCAGAUUACGUGCAUGAUCAGCUGCAGCAGAGCGUGUCCACACUGAAGACUUUCAAGGCACUCUCCAUCUCCGGCUUCUUUCUCCUCCACGACACUGUCGAAGGCAAGCCUGUGUAUCCCAACCAGAUGAACACCAUUUUCCUGCUGUCCAACGCCACGCAUGGCGUCAACGACAAAUGCAUUGCAAGCAAGCCGUCGUUUCUGCAGUGGCAGUGCAACUUUGCUGCUGAUACGUAUCAAGUCAUCGAAAGCCCAUUCUUCGUGCUCAACUCGGCCUUUGACUCGUGGCAGACCGCCUGCAUUUACACGAGCGAGCCCGUGCCUCCAAACAGCACGGAUAACGGCCACUGCGGCGCUGCCCCCGGCUGGUCCGACUGCUCCCGCCACCUUGACAAGUGCACCACGAAACAGAUGCCGCAGAUGGUCAACUAUGAGACUGUGUUUUUGAACACAAUUCGGGCCAUUGAUACGUACAACAACACCGGCAACGGCGCUUUUCUCUACAGCUGCCACACCCAUUGCGCUGGACAGACAAGUGCCUACAACAAGUUCAAGAUCAACGGCGUGACGAUGCAGGAGGCCGUGUCGCAGUGGUGGCGCUCAGACACAUCGACACCGGCCAAGAAGAGCACGCGUGAACCAUGCGUUCUCAACACUCAAGCGCCGUACGAGUGCAACCCUUCAUGCUCUGCUUGA